CAUAUACUCCCCCUUCCCCCCACACCAGACCUUCUCUGGCUCCCUGACCUCACUGAGAUUGCAGCAGGUCUUGGGACCUAGGGGAGAUAUGGAGAAAGAGACGGGGGAUCCCCUGGCUGGAGCUGACCAACAGAAUAGGCAGUCAUGGCUGGAGAGCGGGAUAUCAGAGUAAUGUUUGACCUCUGGAAACAGUUUGGAAACAUUCAAGAACUGUUGAGUCACAACGAGCAAACAUGGAUCUGGGAGCUUGGGCUGCGACCCAUUAUUCCAGGAGAGGGGCGCUAUGGUUGCAGUCUCUAGAAUAGUCUCUUGCAGGGCGGCCAGUCAAAAUUCACUAGGUAGGACAGCCAUCCGCUGGAAAGAACUGGAGCCUGUGGGGACCUGGCUGGAUAGGUAUGGGGGACCCGGGCCAGUCCCCUAGUCCCCGGUCCCCCCAUGGCAGCCCCCCGACUCUAAGCACCCUCACUCUCCUGCUGCUCCUCUGUGGAUAUGCCCAUUCUCAGUGCAAGAUCCUCCGCUGCAACGCCGAGUACGUGUCGUCCACCCUGAGCUUCUCGCGGCUGCACGGGCGGCCCCCGGGCUUCUUGCACUGCGCCUCCUUCGGGGACCCCCACGUGCGCAGCUUCCACCACCACUUCCACACGUGCCGCGUCCAAGGAGCGUGGCCCCUGCUGGACAAUGACUUCCUCUUUGUCCAGGCCACCAGCUCCCCCGUGGCUUCGGGGGCCAACGCCACCGCCACCCGGAAGCUCACCAUCAUAUUCAAGAACAUGCAGGAAUGCAUUGAUCAGAAGGUCUACCAGGCUGAGGUGGACAAUCUUCCUGCAGCCUUUGAAGAUGGUUCUGUCAAUGGAGGCGACCGGCCUGGGGGCUCAAGUCUGUCCAUUCGAACUACUAACCCGGGCAGCCACGUGGAGAUCCAGGCUGCCUAUAUUGGUACAACUAUAAUUAUUCGGCAGACAGCUGGGCAGCUGGCCUUCUCCAUCAAGGUAGCGGAGGACGUGGCCAGGGCCUUCUCAGCAGAGCAGGACCUACAGCUCUGCGUUGGAGGGUGCCCCCCGAGUCAGCGACUCUCUCACUCGGAGCGCAGUCUUCGCCGGGGAGCUAUAAGCACUGACACUGCCAGGCGGCUGUGCAAGGAAGGGCUGCCAGUCGAAGAUGCUUACUUUCAUUCCUGUGUCUUUGAUGUUUUAAUCUCUGGUGACCCCAACUUCACUGUGGCAGCUCAGGCUGCUCUAGAGGAUGCCCGAGCCUUCUUGCCAGACUUAGAAAAGCUGCAUCUCUUCCCCUCAGAUGCCGGGAUUCCUCCUUCCUCAGCAACCCUCCCAGCCCUAUUCCUUUCUGGGCUCUUUGUUCUUUGGCUUUGCAUUCAAUAAGUAGGCCAGCAAGCCCUUGAUUGGUUUGAAAAUGAUUUGGGGAUAGAGAUUGGCAGGGAAGAACAUAAAGAAUCGCUGAAGGGACAGUGGGGACUGGGGGACACAGGAAACAACAACACUUAACCAGUCAGAUGGGGCUGCAGUCCAGAGGUGAGCAUGGAUCACAGAAUAAGGAUUCUGGGCAGGGUCUCUGCACUGCAGACCUCUCUAGGGACUCCACCAGUUCCCCAGCCCCGUUUACAGUGAGUGCACUGUCCCAGCCCAUCGACUCCUGAGAUCACCCCUACAAGCUCAGAGGUGAUAGUGGUCCUGACGAUUGGUAGGAAACGGAAGGGUUGAGACUUUUAACAGGAAAGAACUGAAAGAGGAAGACAUGAUCAUUACCCAUAAAAAUACAGUGAUUUUCUCUUGGGAAGCGGAAAAGUGAUUAGGGAAAAGAGUCUGUUUCAUGAAUAUAUGUGGGUAAGAUGUAUUCUGCUUUCUUGGUCCAGGAAUGAAGUGGGGUUGUUGGAUCUUAGGUGAAAGGAGCCUGCCUUUGGAAAAUGGCACAGAUAGGAAAGAAACCAUCACCCCCCACCCCUAACUAAUCAGUUAUUAAAGCUAUGGCUUCUUCACGCCUCCUCUGUGCCUAUGUUGAAUCUCUUCAUAGAUGCUUGAAAACGUGUAAAGACAAUGUGUUCAUGCCGCUGAAAGAGGGCUCAGAAGACUCAGACAUUGUUUCUGCCCUCGGAAAGUUCGCAGGUAUCAGGGAGACAACACUGAUUCACAUGAAGGACCGAGGGGUGCGUAAUGAUUCACUGAAUUCUAUAGUACUGUGAAUUCUGAUAGGAAGAUGCCUGGAGAGAACUCAAGAAAUAAUAAUAUGAAGUCAUAGAGGAGAUGGGAUUUGAAGUGAUAUGAAGACUGGGUAGGGUUUCAAUUGUUAAGGUCCUUCCAGGCAACUGAAAGCACCUGGAGUUAUGCACAGAUUCACGACUCCGGAAACCAGCAAAACUCAAAUGUACGAGGCAAGAAGUAACGGACUAGAAGGGUGAGAUCGGCAGAGGCCAGAUUGUGAAGCACCUUGAAAGUGGAGCCAAGGAGUUUCAAUUCAAUUAACAGCUAACAU